AUGUAGAAAAAACUCCAAAGUUCCCAAUUUCCGAUAAAAAUCUCAACUUGGAAUCCUUUUCUCAAUCAAUCGCCCAAUGUUGAGGCAAGUAACGAGCCGGAUUAUCGGCCGGCAGCUGUCUCCGGCGGGGCCGCCGCCGAGGUUGUACCACGAGAGGGUGGUGGACCACUACGAAAACCCGCGCAACGUCGGAACCUUCGAUAAAAACGAUUCCGACGUCGGAACUGGGCUAGUUGGAGCUCCGGCGUGCGGCGACGUGAUGAAGCUGCAGAUCAAGGUCGAUCAGGAGAGCGGGAAGAUCGUCGAUGCUUGCUUUAAGACCUUCGGCUGUGGCUCGGCCAUCGCGUCCUCCUCUGUUGCCACAGAGUGGGUGAAAGGCAAACCAAUGGAAGAAGUCGUGUCAAUUAAGAAUACGGAAAUCGCCAAACAUCUCUCUCUGCCUCCAGUGAAACUCCACUGCAGCAUGCUCGCAGAGGAUGCAAUAAAGGCGGCCGUGAAAGAUUACGAGGCAAAGCAUUCAAAAUCACCUCUCGAGGUGCCUCUUCCUGCUUGAGGAUACUAUAUGCUUACAAUAUAUAUGCUGGAAUAAUGGUUGUCUGUACCUAUCUAUCACAACCUACAAACAGAUACGUGUUGGCUUAUGUUAAUUGUCGUCUGAUGUAAGGAUUCAUACAUAUAUUCAAUGCAUACUGUAUUAAAAUCUCA